AUGGCCAAACCUCCGCUUCGGCCUCCAAAGGGCCGACGUGGAGGAUCGAAACCAAAGACCGUCUUGACUUGGGCCAUCUUCCUCCUCCUCAUAGCUGCGGCUCACCCUCAAUCUCUCCCGCCGUCCGACGCCCCUCAGAGGUUGGUGGCUUCGACGCAGAGCCUGCGCUCCGACUCGAGUCGACCGUCCGCUCCAGCUGGCCGCAGUCCAGCAGAGAUCCCCCUACUCAAAAACGACAUCACCACUGUCAAAUUUCGAAGCACCGAUGAAAACCCCGAAAACCACAAGCUCCGUGCCUUGGCUCCAGCCCACGACUCUCCGAGUAGUGGUGCUGUCAGAGCACCUCUUGCACAGUCUGACGAGUCCUUUUCCCAGGGGCUCUCUGCGCUUUCCUCAGCGCGGCUGCUGCAAGAUUGGGAGGUGGAGAACAUUGUCCUACUAGCCACCAUUGAUGGCACCAUACACGCCCGUGACAGGAAGACCGGUAACGAGAGGUGGUCACUGGGCAUUCCAGACAGUCCUAUGAUCCAGACCAUCCACCACAAAUUGAACCGAAGUGACCCAGAGGUGGACGGCUCUCAGUAUGAGGACGACUACAUGUUCAUUGUCGAGCCCAGCAAAGAUGGCAACCUCUACAUCCAACACCGGGACCCAAGAAUAGGGCUACAACGAUUAGGAAUCACCGUCAGAUCCCUUGCAGCCGAAACGCCGCAGUUUGUCGAUGAUCCACCACUCGUGACCAUUUCGUCCCAGGAGACAACGGCAUACGUGGUAGAUGCAGCCACUGGCCAUAUUUUACAACAAUUUGACAAAUACAGGGGCUUCUCCAAUGACGACCAAGGUCGCAGCUGCCGGCGACUCAGUGGUUUCGAGUUGGAUGACCCUGCAUGUGAUCCAAUUGGAACUAUCAACCUGGGAAGAGUCGAGUACACCAUUGAGAUAUCCCACAAGAUCACAACCCAACCUCUUUGCACCAUCAAAUUCGCAGAAUGGGUUCCAAACAAAGGAGACAGCGAUCUCCAAGACCAAUAUGUAGCUCCAUUGGACAACUACCAAAUCCAGAGCUAUUACAACGGUCGAAUCAUUGGUAUUGACAGCACUGCCGACUCGGGCAAGGUGCCUCGAUUUACCCACAUGUUUGAAACUCCUGUGGCCCGGGUUUUUGAUGUCGUCCGUCCCCUGGACAAUCGAGACGAAUCGGCCAAGCUUGUCUUAUUAGCACGACCUACGGAUUCGCCUCUCCUGGCCUCUCCCGAAAUCUGGAGAAACGAAAUGCAACGUGCUGAGAGGGUGUUUGUAAACAAAACCGAGUCUGGGGUGUGGUACGCCAUGUCCGAGUUGUCAUAUCCCGGCGUAACCAGCGGUGCAUCGCCUGCAAGCUCGAACUGGAACUAUGACAGUGAGCCGUUGGAUUUUGACAGCAAUCUGGAAGAAAUUGUCGGUGUUCACGUACUUUCCACGGAACCGAACCUCACUCCCCUCAGGCUGACGAUAUCCGGUCCGCCGCCCGCGACAGAUCUGGCUGAGGAGGCUGAGAAGGCAAUGGCGGCAUUGGAAGCUAAGAUCCCGCCUUCUUUGGUACCUGUGAUCAACCAUCCAUUGCUAUCCGUCUUCAACAUCAUCUGUGCCAGCAUUUUCUUAUUUGUGGUUGGACUACAGAUGAGGGUUCCGAUCAUGUUGAAGAUGCAACGCUUCCUCCGAAAGGCAGGCGUAGAAGUCGCUGUGCAGAAAACUCGGGCUUCCGCGACCGCUACUCCCGCCACUCCAGUUAGCACAGACGCUCAAGUCACCGAGGUUCCAGGAGAUAAAGAUGCCGCUGAAGUUGUCUCUGAAAUCCUAGGGGACGUAGUCAAAACACCUGUCAGGAGUCGGGCUCAGAGCACAGCAGUCUCGGGUGCCAGCCCUGCAAAGAACGUCAAGGUUUUUGAACCCAACGAUGAGAGUUCCGAGGGGGAGUCAGAGGACGAAAAGAACAAGGAAGAGUCCAACCCUAGCGAAAACGCCGAGAAUGGUGCACAGCCUCGCCGUCGACAUGCCAAGAGAGGGAAGCGAGGAGGGAAAAGGAACAAAAAGAGUAAAAAGACAAUGGAUCCAGAAGCUAUGGAUGAGAAGGAACAACUCGUUGCCGAGAUACCCACCAAGGAUGGCCUGCUUCAGGUUGGCAAGCUCAGAAUCGACACCAGGGAAGACCGAUGUCUAGGCCGUGGAAGCAAUGGCACUGCGGUGUUUCCUGGCUCACUGGACGGCAGGGAAGUCGCAGUCAAGCGUUUGAUUCGUUCCUCAAACAGCCUCGCUGCCAAAGAGAUCAAACACCUGCUGUCGAGCGACGAGAACCCACACGUCAUCCGCUACUUCGGAAAGGAGGAGUCUCAACACUUUACCUACAUUGCGCUUGAGCGCUUCACCACAUCUUUGGAUCAGUUCAUUGAGCGACCCCUUCAGUACCCCGAACUAGUGAAGCUGCCCGAAGGCUUUGAUGUCAAGGACACCCUACGCCAAAUCACAGAGGGCGUCCAACAUCUGCAUUCACUCAAGUUGGUACAUCGAGACAUCAAGCCUCAGAACGUCCUGGUAAAGGCUGUUAAGAGCAAUCGCCCUACCAAUGGAUUGCCGAAACUCCAAUUCGUCAUUUCUGACUUUGGCCUAUGCAAGCCUCUCGAAGAAGGGCCGGAAUCUACCUUCGCUCCGACUGCGAACCAUACAGCCGCUGGCACAACAGGGUGGAGAGCGCCGGAGCUGCUCGUCGGCUCUAGAUCGGCCGUUGCACCGACUUCCAGCUCGACUACCACUUCCAAAUCCACAACGCACUCUAGCGAAGGUACUGUUCUUGAUCGCCCGUCAGGCCGUCGUGCAACCAAGGCCAUCGAUAUCUUUUCCCUGGGAUGUGUCUUUUACUAUGUCAUGACCCAAGGCCGUCAUCCCUUUGAUGUUGGGGGCACCAGCCUUGGCCGAGAUUUGAACAUCAAAGAGAACAAGUUCAGCACCGAAGACCUGCGCUUGUACGAGUACCAAUUCGACGCCGAUGACCUUGUGAUGCAAAUGCUCAAACACAACCCCAAAGAGCGACCUGACACAGGGCAAGUACUUCGUCAUCCCUAUUUCUGGGAUGUGGCCGAUAAGCUGGAAUUCCUCUGCGAUGUAUCUGACUGCUACGAGCGGGAGAAAAAUUCCAUCACCAACAUCUUUGAUGAGAGCGCGAUCCGCACGGCCGCUGAGAAAGAAUCUCUUGCCGAGCUCGCCGCCCUGGAAUCUCUUGCGCCUAACGUCAUCGGGCCAUCUAAGGAUUGGCUUCGGGCACUUCCAAAAACCUUUCUCACUGAAAUGGGCAAACAGCGUAAAUACAGCGGUUCCAAGAUGAUCGACCUAUUGAGGGUCAUUCGGAAUAAGAAGAACCACUUCCAUGACUUGCCAGAGGACGUGAAGGAGCAGAUGCUCGGCGGCAGUGCAAAGGGCUACUAUGAAUUCUGGGCCAAGAGAUUCCCAAGCCUGCUAAUCAACUGCCAUUGUCUGAUUUUGGAACGCGGCUUGAUCGAGCGGUUUCGAAUGGAGAGGUGGUUCCUUGAGUGA